CGCCCACAACUUCCAGUAUAACAUUAGUGGCGGGAGCAGAGAGAGACCCCGACGCGGGUAAUGCAGACUUUUCCGUCCUUGGGCCACCGUUAAACGGUAGCAGUUGGUAAUGUACAAAAUGGCGACAACAACCGUAGAGAGGAAACGCCCACCGCCGGUUAAAAUAUUGUCCGGUCAGCUGAGGACGGCAGAGAGCCGCGGGACGGCCGACAUCGGGGAUGGGUGUGUUAUCAAGCUGGGCAGGGGCCGCCUUCUGCUGGUCUCUCUAGUGUGGAUGCAGGGGACCGUACUGGAGGUCCAGCUGGACAGAAACACCGUGCUGCUGAUGGAUGAGACGGGAACCUUUGCUGUUCAAGGCGUCAACAACAUUCCCAAAGGGAAACCAUGUUUGUCUCAAGGCAAAUAUGUCAUGGUGAUGGGUGUCAUCCAGGCUGUCUCCCCGGAGCCAGUCAUCCGUGCAGUGAAGAUGGCAGACCUCUCUGAGCUCGCCGCGCAUCACCGGCAGAUGUGGAAGCUGGAGGUGGAGGACCUGCAGCAGGUGCUGGCCUGAAUGCAAAACUGUUGGUGCAAACAUCGCCUCGCUGGCGGCAGGAUGACCUGCUGCUGUCAUAUCCAAGUGGACCCUUCUAAUGAUUCUUGACAAAUGGAAAAAACUACCUCACAGGACUGAACAGCGGAUUCUGACUGGAAGGUAUUAUGUAAGACUGACAUACAGUAUGGAUACAGUAUUUAUGCAGUGAGUCUUAUAGAGAAGAAGUAGAGCUGCAGGCCUCUUAUUGCCUCUAAAAAUGAUCUGCUCAGGGAGAAAAAUGACAUCCAGAUAAGGGGGCAUCUUGGCUCGUUAACUUAAUGUAGGAAGCGUAUAAUUUGGCAUUCAUUUAGCGUAGAUAUAAGCUGGUUAUACAAAUAUUAAAUAAAGAUGACUUAGAUUUUCAUGUACUCCACCUACUUUUCUCUACUAUAAACAUAUAGAUCUUUAUGCAUACUGUAACAAGAGUAACAAAUUAAGAUGGUUGUUAAAACCUGUUUUUCAAGAACAAAAUAUUAAACUCCAUCUUGAUUUCAGCAGAAAACAAUGAAAUCACAUUGCAAAAAUGUCAUCCAAGUUCAUUUCUGCCUGUGACCGACUGUAGUGGAAUGUAACAAAGUGAAUUUACUCAAGUACAAUUUAGUUACUUGUACUGUACUAGAGUAUUUCCAUUUCAUUGUACUUUAUCCUUAUACUUGGGGCUGGGUAUCGCUAAAAAAAUGCUUGAUACUGGCACCGAUACCAGUAACGUGAUUUCGAUACCGGUUCCUGAACGCUACUCCUGAACAGGACUUUUACUUGUAAUGAUAUAUGUCUACAGUUUGGUAUUACUACUUUAAAUUACCUAGAAGAUCUGAAUAUUUGCCCCCACUGGUUACUGGUUCCAGAUGUGUAAUUAAUAAAACAGCAGUUGAACACAGA